GUGGGGAAGGGAGAGGAGGGGAAACAGAGGGAGAUCACCGUUUCUCUUUUCCCCCUCCAGCUGAGCAGGACGAAAGGCGUCACACUAAGAAGAGCGUCCUUCCCCCUGUGCUUCUUUCGCUGGUGUUGGAGUCAUACGCUGCACCAGAAGAAGUCGUAUUGAUUGCCACUUUGCUCUGAGAGUUCUGCCACAGCUGCUGCCGGUGCUGACGUGAACCCUGGAAACCCCGGUCCUGCUCUGGCCCUGCUCAGCCUUCUGCGUCCCGGGUCACCGUCAGGAUGGCAGGCUGUGCCAAACGCUGCAAACAGGGACUUGUCAAGUUUGCCUUGUCUCUGCACAAACUGGUCAGUGGGACUCUCAAUAAAGACAAAGCUGACGAUGACCUGGAGAUGACCAUGGUCUGCCAUCGACCGGAAGGCCUCGACCAGCUAGAAGCUCAAACCAACUUCAGUAAACGAGAGCUCCAAGUGCUCUACAGGGGCUUCAAGAAUGAGUGUCCAAGUGGCGUCGUAAACGAGGACACCUUCAAGCAAAUAUACUCCCAGUUCUUCCCACAUGGAGAUGCCAGCACCUACGCACACUAUCUGUUUAAUGCUUUUGACGCAGGACACACAGGAUCCAUAAAGUUUGAGGACUUUGUAACCGCUCUGUCCAUCUUGCUGAGGGGCUCCGUCACCGAGAAGCUCCAGUGGACCUUCAACCUCUAUGACAUCAACAGAGACGGUUACAUCAACAAAGAGGAGAUGACAGACAUCGUCAGAGCAAUAUAUGACAUGAUGGGGAAGUACACCUACCCUGCCUUGAAAACUGAUGCACCCAAACAGCAUGUGGAUGCCUUCUUUCAGAAAAUGGACAAAAACAGAGAUGGUGUGGUCACUCUUGAUGAAUUCAUCCUUUCUUGUCAAGAGGAUGAAAACAUCAUGAGGUCUCUACAGCUCUUUGAAAAUGUCAUCUAGUCGACAAACAUUAGGGAGACGGUGCAACAGACGACAACACGGAGAAAAGAACAUGGAAGAAAGAAGAAGAAGAAAGACCUGAAUUUGUGAGAAAAAAGGAACAGCUUAACUCAUGAGGAAAGGCGAAACAAAGAGUUUAUCACUUCAGGUGUGACAGUUUGCCACAAAACUGUCCAGGGAGGUAUCUUACUGUAACAAAUCUAUGGCAACAAACCAUCACUGGUUUUGGAACAACUCCUUUAGACUUAAUUUGACCUUUGUGUGACCAUUUACCUCGUCUUCGUCUCCCUCGUUUGUUGCUGUUGUUGCUGUCAUCAUGGACAGUGUGUACUUCACGCUACUCUGUAAAUACUUCCCCCCGUCACAUUUUGUUACCGAGCGGGACCGAAAUACCUAAAAAGCAGCUUAGCAGUGAGAUCAACCAAAUGCACAUUUUGGUCAUUAGAAGCUUAAAUAAUAGCUGUUUUCAUCAUGAAUUUCUGCGUCAAUACGGCAAACAUGAGCAAUAUUGUGAAGCAUGCUAAGACGGAGGCCUACAGCAUAUUUAGUGUGUGUGCCAUAGAAACCCGGUGCGAUAUACUCAAACUUAAAAGGUCAAGUUUCAGAGUGGAACUCCGAGUCAGCGUCUCACAGAGCCACCUCUUCUGUUUUCAGACUAAUUCAGAAACAGGCUGGAGCUGACCUCGGCCUGCUUGCGACAGUCUUGCGUCUCGUGGCAGCUUGUAUCAAAAGCCUCGCAGACACCUCCUGUGUGUUCCAGUGUUGUCGAUCAGUGUCUGAGUGUUGUAACCACUUGACUGUAGAUAUUUAACUGUUGUACUUGUGGCUUCUUCUCACCGUCUGGAUUCAUUCGUGUCUGUCUGUGCUUCUGACUAGCUGUCUGUCUUUCUGUCGGAUUGGAUUUAACUCUGUAAUUAUUCUCCCCGACACUCAUUGUUAUAAAGAGCCCAUGUCAAGGUUUACCUGCAUCCAGAUGGAGAACAAUACAAUGUGUGUGUGUGUGUGUGUGUGUGUGUGUGUGUGUGUGUGUGUGUGUGUGUGUGUGUGUGUGUGUGUGUGUGUGUGUGUGUGUGUGUGGCGUCCUGACGUAAAGGCCCUGGUAGCCUGAAUAUUAAAGUGUCAUUUAUUCUAGCAUGCAGCUUCAUCUUGUUGACACCAGAGCGGAGAGUUUCGUAUUCACCUCUGUCUGUUCAAAACGUCGACUCAGAGCGACCAACAUUUCACUGUGAGGGAAAGACGCUGGAAGGAGGGAUGACGGAGGGACACAAAGAUGAGAGAAAUAAGGCAGGAGAUGAGAGUUAAAAGACCUUUUCACUGAUUCUGGAGGAAUGGAAGCCAUGUUUCAAACAAGAGCCAUCGUUGUGAAGAUUGAGCAGGACAAAAACUACAGAUUUAUAAAUGAUUUGCUGUCACAUCCACUCACUGUGCUACCAAUAGUGUAAUUAAAAAAAUAAUAAAAAACCUUGCUGAGAUGUGUUGCAGCUCUUAAAUGUACCCAGACCUACAUCUAGACAGACUGACGGAUGGGAAGACGGACAGACAGACACUUAAAACUGUCAGAAUGAAAUAAUGUGUGUAUUGAAAUAUUGUAUAAAAUCAUUAUAUUUAUCAAUAAACUUUUCAAGAAAUAAAAAUGAA